AAUGGUUUGGGUGAUACCAUCCGGGUUUCUCUAACCGAGCCACUGGAAGAACAAAUAGAUCCCUGUAGAACAAAUAGAAACGGCAUUGUCUUGGAGAAUUUGGUGCCCCUAAAAUCUGAUGCGGCGUCUGGUUCCAAAGUUUUUGUUGAGGCAGCAGUUUCGGAGAUGGAUUCUCCAGCAUCUAUUCUUGAGCUUUUGAGCCUUCAUCAUCAACAUACCGUGUUCCUGAUAGUGAAAAAGGCGUGGAGAAAAGAAUCUCUUGAUACUAAUGGGGUUAAGGGCUCUGAUUUGGACUCGAAUGCCAAUUUGAAAUCGAAAUUCAAAAUGAAGGAUAUUGUUAACGCGCUGAACAAACUCAAACUGAAUCCCCUGGCUAAGGUAUUCUUUCUUUCCUCUUAUUAUUAUGGUCAAAUGGACACUUACAGUGUUGUGUUUUCCAACAAAAGUUUGGGAAAUAAUGGUUUCGCAAAUAAUUGGAGGAGUGUUAUAGCAUGA